AACUGAAAACAGAGGGGGCGGAUGAAAAGAGCCUCUCCAUCCGGGGGGAGAAUAUCCAUAAAUCAGGGGGAAACUCACAUUAUACUUUACGAUUUCAUGAAAUAAGGCUUACUAGCAUUGUAUGAUAUCGUAUUAUUGAUCACCGCGUAUUUGAACGAUAUUAGCUCCAUGCCCCAUUCCGGUGUUUCUGGUCACUGUGGGGGUCCGCGGACCUUAGGUACCUACCUAGGUAGGUAGGUACCCAGCAUGGAUGUGCUACGUCAAUACAAGCUUACAUGGGCUGCACCUAGGAUACCUGGAAAUGACCUAUCAACGAACACAUCUUGUCAACAUCAUUCCAUCUCAAAAUCACCGUCAUAUAGUUUUCCCUUUCUCCCGUCUCUGCGCUACAGAGGGACCUCAGCUCAGUGUCAACUGAAGCUGUCGUCAGGCGCUUAAACAUAAUUAUCUUCUUAUAAUGCCUGUAGACUCCCCUCCACCAGCGGCCAACCAGGCUGGCCGCGCCAUCCCCGUCGGCCUCAACGAAGCAGCACUCGAUUCCCCGACUUUUCGUGUAACCGCUGCAAACUUUGGCGACCAAGUCGAUGCUAUAGAAAAAUGGCUCAACGGAUAUGCUCAGUCGACGUCGAAACUACUGCACGAUAUCCUCGCCCUCGAAGAGACGAUUAAUACCUUUCUCGUGAAGACGAUGCCCUCGGCGGCUGACGGCGUUGUCGACAAUGAUUAUACAUUUUUAGCUUUGAAGAGGGUGGGCGAUGGAUGGCGAGAGUAUUGGAUUCAGAUGAUAAGUACAAUGAAGAAGAUGGAAGGUCUAGUUGUCGACCCUAUUCGGCAGUUCAUCGUUGGCGAUCUCAGGAACUUCAAGGAGUGCAGGAGGGCCAUGGAGCAGGCGCAGCGAACGUUUGACUCUACGCUCGCUCGAUACGUCAGUCAGUCAAAGACAAAGGAGCCCUCAGCUCUGCGCGAAGAUGCCUUUGCUGUUUUUGAGACCCGAAAGGCAUACCUCAAGGCCUCGAUGGAUUACUGCCAGCUUGCACCGCAGCUGCGCUUUAGUAUGGAUAAGUUGCUUGUCAAAAUAUGCAGUGAGCGUUGGAGCCAGCUGCGGCGUGCCAAAGAAGCAGCAAUCGACACUACACGCUGGAAUCAGGAAAUGGAGCGCAUUCAGGGUUGGUCGAAUGAAAUGGGAGCGUCUGAGAUGGUUUUCAGGCGAGAGUUGCAGUCUGCCAGGAGAGAGAUUGGAGAAAAUGCGCUCGCAGGAUUCAAGCCAUCCCGUGAGCUCGAGGACUACAGCACUUCAACCGUUCCUUUCCUCGGCACUCGUGGCCCCAUCACUGUUCGUCUUGAGGAAGGUGCCACAGUUGUCUCUGAAAAGCAAGGAUGGCUGUUCCUGCGGGUGCUCUCAGGGAAGCCAGCAAGACAUACGUGGAUCAGGAGAUGGUACUAUUGCCGUGAUGGCAUCUUUGGUUGGCUGAUACCAGGGCCUCUGGGAGUUCUUCAGGGUGACGAGAUUGGAGUUCUGCUUUGUAAUGCAAAGCCGGCUGUGGCUGAAGACAGACGCUUCUGCUUCGAGGUCAAGACCAAGAGCCAGACAAUCCUGCUCCAGGCAGAGACUCAGGGCGAGCUGACCGAGUGGUUGGAGGUUUUUGAGGUUACCAAGAAGCGGGCUUUUGAAACCAGCAUGAACAGAACUAGUGCUUCUCUUCCCGGGUCCGUUGAUCCUGCGUUUUCCAUCUCUCCCCCCAGUAUUCCCGAGUUCUCUGCCAAGGCCCUCGACGCACAGAUCGGUAUCUACGAUGAAUCAAGCCCUAGUAUUGACCGAACAAACACAUUGCCUAUUCCAGGACCAGACGGUAACCUCAGUACACGACAGAGCUUUGACGUUAACGGCAGCAUCUCUCGUCGUACCAUCACUGCUCUGGGUCGAGACCUGGCUCGAGAGGAGGGCGAGAGUGGCCGUGAGCAUGCUGCCAGAAUCAUCCAAAAACUCGACCUACAUCGCAAAGCAACCUUUGGCACCCAAGGCCCCGAAGCUGGACAGGGAGGUUCAGCUUCCACGACUGGACUGGCUAGCAUGAUGGCUACUAGCCACACGCUACCGCCAGGAUUUCCAGGGUCUGUUGGAAGCACAACAAAUUUCAGACAGACGCCUAGCAUGCUGCCAUCAGUUGACACACAGGUUGGCACUUUGGCUCCAGCAACCCUGGCCAAGCCACCCUCGAUGACUGGAUUGAGUCGUAUUGCAGUCCUGACAGCAGGAGAACGCCAACCUGUAGGUAACAAUAGGAAGCUCCCUGCGUCUGUGGUUGCGAACUACUGGGGAACAAGUCUCUGGGGUGCAAUGAACGCACCGCCACAACCCGUCCUUCCCAGACUCGAUGAGGAUGACCCUAUUGGUGUUGUCGUUCCUGGAAGCACCGUAGGACAAGGUGUUCAGCGGAAGGACGGUGGCGAAUACUUCCCCCGAAACUAUCCCCCAGAGUUGAGAGCGCAACACGCACAGUUUCGACUCCUUUUCCCAGAUGCGCCAUUGGAGGAGAAGCUGGUGCUUGUCUUCCGGGCCGCCUGGACUGGGUCUCCUGAGCGAGGGCCCGGCAAGCCAGACAUGGCGGGCGAUGGCCGUAUAUACGUUACACCCGACAAUAUGUAUUUCUACGGACAACAAAUAGGACUCGUAACGGCCUACAGUAUCAGCCUUGAUAUCAUCAGUGAAGUAACGGCAGCGCCAGGCAGGGACUGCGACUUCAUUUUCCUGCAUCUGAAUGAAAACGCCAACGAAACAGGAUAUACCAGGAUCACUAUCAAAGUCUUCUUGGAGGACCUUGGUCUACUCCACACUCGUCUCAACCUAUUAAUCGAUGACAUCCAGGCUGAGGAGCCCAUGGAUGUUGAGGCGAUCAUCACCACCUUGAUCAAUCUCGAAAUGGAAGACUAUGACCGCCCAAGUCCCAGUGUCGAAAGCUGGGAGGAGGUCUCGGCAAACACGCCCAUGGAUGACGGUACUUCGAUGGGGCGGCCCGUUGCUCGGCGUAUGGAGUUCAGCCCUCCGCUUCGUCUUUCGAAAUCGAGGACUCGACAUAACCAUAAACUUCACUUGCCAGCUCGACCUGUCAUUUAUGAACCAGAGGGCAUGAAGGAGAUGGCGGCUGAGCGACACUUUGAAAUUAGUGCCAAGUCCUGCUUCCACGUUUUGUUCGGUGACAAGAGUUUCGUAUUCCCAAAGCUGUACUUUGAACGACGUGCUCAGCAGAUCGCUCAAGGACCCUGGGUUCUAGUUGAUCAAGGCAGGAUGAGACGUGACUUCCAGUUCAAGGUUGACUACAAAGAUGUCUUGGGUCGGUCCAAAACGGCCGAUGUUAACGACUACCAGAUCAUCGAUGUCUUCAGCGAUCACGUUACGUACGUGGUGACUCAUGUCAAGACGGCGUGGCAUCUGCCUCACUCAAGCUGGUUCAAGGUUGUGACCAAGAUUGUCAUAACGCAUGUAGCCAAGUCCAAGUGCAAACUAGCCAUCUACACAAAAACGGAUUGGUCGAAAAACCCAGCGCUCUCCAAAAACCUGAUUGACCGCCAAGCCAUUCACGAUGCUGCAAGUGACGCUGAAGAGUUGGCCGAGGUUGCUACGGAUCAAGUUCGAAAGCUUGGAACUCGCAGCCGAACAAACAGAGCAAUUCAGGUGUACGGUCAGAUUGGGCAACAGACAGAGGUGGUGGUCUUCUCGCCUGCUGCAACAGAUUCAACAAAGAAGCAGGCCAUCAAGCCUCGAACCCUGACGACGAUGGUGUUUGAGACGAUUCGGUCCCUGGGAGAGAGUGCAGUAUCGUCACUCAUCAUGUGGGCUAUCGCUGUGCUGCGCAACUUGUUCAACUUGAUUACAGCUCAGUGGAUCAUCCUUGCGCUUCUCGCAUUCAGCACACUGACAAAUCUCCUACUAACGUCGAACGAGACUUCGACGUGGUGGAGAGAGCGAAGAGCAGCAGGAUUCAUGCAAAACAUCGGAAUUCGACCCAACUCCAUGAUGAGCAAGGCCAUAUACUUUGCGGAUCUGGAUGCAGCAUCGGGGACUAAUCAAGGGUUGUCUUUUCCCGAAAACAGCACAUGCUUCUCGACCUUCAAGGAUCUACUGGAUACGACAGAUAUGGAUGCGCCCUGGGAGGAUGCCGGUGCUAGUUUGGCUACACCUACUAGUCGUGCUACAGCCCGUCGACUUCGACGGACUCGACAACGGCUAGGAUCGUACCGACAUGACUUGUUAGUAGCCAUGAGGGUUGUCAACAGCAUUGAGCGAGAGAUGCUACAGUCAGAAUGGGAGAAUUGGUUGGUAGAUGAAAAGUUCCUCUGUGAUGAACUGGAUACUAUGCUUCAGCAGCAGGGCGACGCAAAGGGGCAGAAGAAAGGGGCAGAAGCCGGCAAGGGGUCACAGAAGGUCAUGGAGCCUAUACCAGCUAAGAGACGGCAGGCCCUCGAGCAGUGGCGGGAUACUUACUGCGGGAGCUCAAGCACUUGCGAGGUGAAUAGAACUCUCGGGCUCGCCCUCGCCUGGCGAAUUUCAUCUGUCAUCAUACCCACCUCUCGGAAAUCAGCUAUGGGGGUAAAUCACCACGAACCUCUAGGGGCUAUGGGCCCUGUUGAGUGGGAACAGGUGCCCCAAGACGACCUUGAAGAGUUCCUAGCCGAUGUUCUUUCCGAGACGCAGACCGUAGUCGAAUCUAUUCCAGCGCCAGCCAAGAAGGACGCUUCAAGCUCUGCAGGACGAGCUCGAUCCAAGACGGAGUCAGCGGCUUCAGCUCCCGAUAUCAAACGUGCUCUGACCCUGCGACAGAAAGCUGAAGCCAUCGGCCAGGCACAAGAUCUGCAGAAGGAGUGGAAGGAGAUUAAAGUCAGCGCGAAAGAGAAUCCUCUCGGGAUCAACGUCUAUAAGCUGAGCGCCAAAGAUGGACGCGGCGCAUGGUUUGCUCGCCGGAGUGUACACGAAGGGCUGUCCUUUGACGACUGGAAGAAGGGUCUUUCUGUUGAGUUUUCGGAGACGAUGAAGGUCCAAGGUGCUCCUGGAAGUGGCAAUAUCCGUGGUAUCGGUGCCGACAAGCGCGUGGAGGACAAGCAGAUUGGUGAUCAUGGCCAACUGCAAGUCUUUCAACUUUCUGCCCAGUUCCCUGGUCCGACCGCCCCGCGAGACUUUGUGACUCUUCUUCUGACUUCCGAGACCUCCGUGAAACCCGCCCAAGGAUCCCGGCCCCUCCGACAGUACAUGAUAGUCUCAAAACCUUGCGAGCACCCCGAGUGUCCUCCCCGCCAGGGCAUUAUCCGUGGCUACUACGAAUCAGUCGAAGUAAUUCGUGAAGUCCCAGUCGACAACUUUGCCUCUAAGAGAUCCCUGUCGUCGGCCGAUCUCCUGAAUCGAGACGAGGGGAGGAUAGCAAGCCCAAAACCUGGCAGCGAGGGCCACGGUUCAAUGCCACUCGACGAACCUGCCACGGCUGUCGAAUGGCUCAUGGUGACUCGUAGUGACCCUGGCGGCAGCGUCCCGCGCUUUCUUAUCGAGAAGGGGACACCACCAGGCAUCGUGGGUGAUGCUGGCAAGUUCCUUAAGUGGGUGACGUCGAAGGCUAUGCAUGGAUUUGCUGAGCCGGAAGAGACUGGCGAAGCAAAUAAGACUACUGACGUCACUGAAGCAUCCAUAACGAACGAUGCAAAGUCCACGGCUCCACCGAACCCUACUGCUAAUCUUGAAAACACCAAGGCUGAAACUGCCAUGUCUCCAAACCAAGACGACCCUUUCCCGGGCAGUAAUGGGCUGUAUGGUGUCAUAGCUGGUGCUAUAGGGGCUGCCAGUUCCUAUAUUCCUACAAGCCUGCUCAAGACCUGGGGAACUGGUUCUGAUUUCGUGUCCACUGAUGGGAGUGUGUCCGACACUCACGCGAUUGCUGAGGAGCAACAUGAUGACGAUAGCGACACCUCCUCCAUCCGAAGCUUUGCGUCAGCCCUUGAGAAGAGUGUGACUGCCGAGAACAAAUCCCCCGAUAGUCUUGUUGAGUCCCAAUCGGAGACUUCCCGCUCCAACCCGCAGCAAUCACAGCAGUCACUAGCCGAUAAGGAACUCAAGAAGCUCGAACAAAAGAAGAAAAAGCUUGAUGAGAAGAUGGCUCGUCUUGAGGAGCGGCGACAGAGCAAGCUUCUUGGGGACAAGGAGAAGGACGCUGCUACACUGGCCAAGUUGCGUGAGAAGCAUGAAAAGGAGGUGGCUAAGCAGGAAGAGAAGUAUCGCCGCGAGAUGCGCAAGCUCGAGGAGAAACGUGAGCGGGACCAGCGUAAGGCUGAAGAGCGACGUCGCAAAGCAGCCGAGCAGGAAGAGAAGAACAACCUCUCACUUGAACUUGAGCGCGUUCGUGCAGAGCGAGAUGUUGCUCGUCGUCAGAUCGAGCUCCUUGAAGGACAGGUUGGCGAGUUGCAGGCACAGAAUACGAUGCUUGUCCGCAAGCUUGGUAAGAACGGGCUGCUGGACAGUCCAGGUUCUCCAUCACCGUCCAUUAAGAGCAUUCAAAGAGCCCACACAGAAGUUUGAGAUACCAUGUUGGAAAGUAUUGACUUAGUCAGGAGAGGAAAGGGGGGGAGUUGCUCAUAAAAACUACUAUUAUUCACAUACCGCACACGUGUUACGGCCGUUAUUCUACUGCAAGGCGUCAGGGGAGCUCGUUUUUCAAUAAAUCAUAUAUAGCAU